AUGGUUGGUGCCUCUAAAGAAUUUGUUGCUGAGAUUGGUGCAUAUGUCCAUGGAUAUGGCCAUGAUACCAAGAAUAAUAUGGCUGCUCGAACGAUCGAAGGUGUUUACAUGGGACCCACCGACGAUAUUCAAGAAGGGCACCGUAUAUAUGAUCUGAAGACAAAGUGCAAGACACGAUGUGCGAAGAUCAAGGUUCUUCUGAUGACUGACCAAGUCAUCAAGAUUAUUGAAAAAGACGCAAGAUUGGAAGGAGUGACGGAAUUACGCACCUAUUCCAAGCGUAAUGGCGAGAUAAUCCUCAAUGGUGAUUUGCUCGAAGGAGUGGACCCAGAUGAACUGUGGGAUGAAAACUACGUACCAGUAAACGAAAUCGAGAGACUGAGUGACGUAACCCUCCGAAAUGAAAAUAUUCCAGAUGACGAACUUGAUGAAUUACUAAUGGAUGCUGAAGCAAACAUCAUGGAAACGAGGUUCGACAGGGACAGGAACCCAAGAUACGAUAGCGAGGCAAAUCAAUAUGAAGAUGAGCUAGAGGACGAAAUGUUCAAUAGAAUGUUGAAGAAGAUUUAG